CACAGACGUGAAGCUCCAGAAUCAAAUCAAAUCCACAAAAAAAAAACAGAGUGGCAAAUCGAUUCGCCAUGGCUGCUGCUCCCCGCGCGCCUCUCCCCCUCGCCCUCCUCGUCGUCUCCGCCGCGCUCCUCGCGGGGGCUUCCCUCUCGCCGGCGGUCGAGGCCGGCGCGUUCGACGUCCGCCGCCACCUCUCCACCGUCACCAGGUAUGAUGUAGCGAGGGGAUCCAAUAGCGUGGUAUCUGCGCCGUCUAUGUCGGAUGAGUGCCGCGUGAUCCACCUCAAUCUCGUGGCAAGGCAUGGUACUCGUGCUCCUACCAAAAAGAGAAUCAAAGAGCUGGAUAGACUAGCAGUUCGGUUGAAGGCUCUUAUCCAUGAGGCAAAACAAGCUCCUGAGAGCGAUUCUAUGAAGAACAUUCCGUCAUGGAUUAAGGGGUGGGAGUCUCCCUGGAAGGGCAGGGUGAAAGGUGGUGAGCUGGUUAGUGAAGGGGAGGAAGAGCUGUAUAACCUUGCCAACAGAGUCAAGGAGAGGUUUCAAGGUCUAUUUGAUGAGGAAUAUCACCCUGAUGUGUAUUCAAUUAGAGCAACUCAGGUUCCUCGGGCAUCAGCUAGCGCAGUAGCAUUUGGUUUGGGUCUACUUUCUGGGAAAGGGAAGCUUGGACCAGUGAAAAACCGUGCCUUUUCUGUUCUAAGUGAGAGCCGAGCAAGUGAUAUUUGUCUACGAUUCUUUGAUAGCUGUGAAACGUACAAGGACUACAGGAAAAGAAAAGAGCCUGAUGUUGAAAAGCAAAAGGAACCAAUUUUAGAACACGUUACAUCAGCAUUAAUCAACCGUUAUCACCUCAAUUUUACAACACAAGAUGCUUCUUCGCUCUGGUUCCUUUGUAAGCAGGAAGCGUCUUUACUGAAUAUAACCAAUCAAGCCUGUCAACUUUUUAAUGAAGCUGAGGUUUCUUUUCUAGAGUGGACAGAUGAUCUGGAGGGUUUUGUGCUAAAAGGAUAUGGUGAGUCAAUAAACUAUAGGAUGGGACUACCGUUGCUCAAGGACGUUGUCCAGUCAAUGGAAGAAGCGAUCAUAGCUAAAGAAGAAAACCACCCUGAUGGUACAUAUGAGAAGGCAAGGCUCCGAUUUGCACAUGCAGAAACUGUUGUGCCUUUCUCAUGUCUUCUUGGUCUUUUUCUCGAAGGAUCAGAUUUUGAGAAGAUACAACGGGAGGAAUCGUUGGACAUACCUCCUAUCCCACCACAGGGAAGAAAUUGGAAGGGCAGUGUUGUAGCACCUUUUGCUGGUAACAAUAUGUUGGCUUUGUACCAGUGCCCAAGAAAAACUGGUGGCAGUAAGAUUUCCCAGGAUCAAAAGAACUCAUACUUUGUGCAGGUUCUACACAAUGAAGCUCCAGUGUCAAUGCCGGGAUGCGGGAGCAAAGAUUUCUGCCCAUUCGAAGAAUUUAAGGAGAAGAUAGUUGAACCACACGUGAAGCAUGACUACGACGCCCUAUGUAAGAUAAGGCCGGUGGCAAGAGAGGAGCCUUCUUCUUUCAGUUCCAGGAUGUGGAAUUUCGUCCUAGGUUUAUUCUCUCAGAAUGGAGAUAAGAAGACGGAGCUGUAGGCUUUUACUGGCAGAUGAAACAUUUUCUUCCACCUUUUGCCCUGAGCUGCGACCAUACUAUCCAUCCACCCUGGAUGACCAAGAGACUUACUUGUGGACUAACCUACGGUGUUUCUGUACUUGCGACCCUCGAUCUGACGAGCGAGUCCGAUAUGUACCGUAUCACGCUGUCACUAAUCUCCAUCUUCUUUCAGAUAAAAGAUGUUCGCUGAUCAAUGUAAUCUUUGUUUUAGUCUGAACUUUCUUUGUAACACAACUGAUGUCUUUGUUGAGAUCAAACUGAUCAAAGUCAUACUAGCUGCCACGGUUGAGUUGUGACACUUGUAGAGUUGUACGUUUGCAUCAUGUACUUUGGACAAUUCGAUUCAGUUCGAUAAUGUCACAAUCGGUCCAGCUUUCCAAUGCCA